AAUGCAUCCCCUGCAGCAGCUGUAGGAUAGUUGAUCUUUAGUUGUCCUUCUCACAGGUUGGUUGUGGAGAAGAGCAGCAUCGUCCUGACUGACCACCUGCAAACAGCUGCAGAGACGCUCCUGCCUCCCCGUUUGUUGUCCCUCACUGCCUGACUUGGACGAUGGAGAAGUACGAGAGGAUAGGGAAGAUUGGCGAGGGCUCCUAUGGUGUUGUCUUCAAGUGCAGAAACAGGGACACCGGACAGAUCGUUGCCAUCAAGAAGUUUGUAGAGUCUGAGGAUGAUCCCGUCAUCAAAAAGAUCGCACUGAGGGAGAUCCGGAUGCUCAAGCAACUGAAGCACACCAACCUGGUGAAUCUGAUUGAAGUGUUCAGAAGGAAACGGAAGCUUCACCUGGUGUUUGAAUACUGUGAUCACACCGUCCUCAACGAGCUGGACCGCCAUCCAGCAGGCAUCCCGGAGCACCUGGUCAAAAGUAUAACCUGGCAGACGCUUCAAGCCGUCAACUUCUGUCACAAACAAAAUUGCAUUCACCGAGACGUCAAGCCAGAAAACAUUCUCAUCACCAAACACCAAGUCAUCAAACUCUGUGACUUCGGCUUUGCCAGGAUUCUCACCGGCCCGUGUGACUACUACACGGACUACGUAGCGACUCGCUGGUAUCGGGCCCCAGAGCUGCUGGUUGGGGACACCCAGUACGGGGCCCCUGUCGAUGUGUGGGCAGUUGGGUGCGUGUUUGCGGAGCUGCUCUCUGGGAUUCCUCUGUGGCCCGGGAAGUCGGACAUGGACCAGCUUUACUUGAUCCGGAGGACUCUGGGAGAUCUGACUCCUCGACAUCAGCAGGUUUUCAGCAACAACCAGUUCUUCUGCGGAGUUUCCAUCCCUGAGCCACCAGAGAUGGAACCUCUGGAACAAAAAUAUCCAAAUCUCUCACAUCAAACUCUGAGCCUUAUGAAGAGCUGUUUGAAAAUGGACCCGUCUGAGCGGCUGAGCUGUGAGCAGCUCCUACGCCACCCCUACUUUGACAGUAUGAGAGAAAAAAGCGAGAGCACGUCUCGAGAACUGGAUCGUACCAACUACAAGAGGACCCGUCUACCUCGUAGACACCUUCCCCCCGGGUAUUUGCCACAGUUGACCAGCAGCAGCAUCUUUCCAGCCCUGGACAAUAAAAAGUACUACAACAACCUGCGCAAGUUUAACUACCACCUCCCAAACAUCUAAGAGCUGCGAUGCCGAUCAGAAGUUAAGCUGGACGACUGCAUUUUCUGAACCGCUCAGGAAAUAAAGCACUCUAGAAUAUAGUUUAUUAGCAUUAUAAUGAUAAAAAAAAAAACAGUUUCAGUAGAUUUUUGAAUUUUUUGUUCCUAAUAAGACAUGCUGGGUGUCUUACUGACUCUAUGCACUAUUGCCGGCAUGUCCUGUUGGAUGUGUUGGUUUGUAUGUUUUGCCAGCCUUUUCUGCUUGUUUAUUAAGACAACGAGGAGCGCCGUGCUGCUCUGCUUGUUACAGAGUUGACUGAUGGUAAAACUGCUCUACUGCCUUGUCCAGUUUGCCAAAUGUUUGUGUUUUUUUAAAUAAUGUAAUGACCUUUCUUAAAGUGGAUAUUUUGUAACAAGUUUAAUCUUUCACUAAGUUAUAAUGAAGGAUAAAAACGUUAAUUAGUUCUAAAUAUGAUAUUUAUUGACUUCAGUGAAUACAGCUGCAAACAUUCCUGUUACAACAAUUCCUUUAAUAAAACAAUCUUUAUCCCUGGAACUCUCAUUCUUAGGUUUCUUUCUACAAAUUGUCUAUAUAUAUUUUACAUUUAUCCUACAAGAAAUUAAGAAUGACAAAUUCCCGAGCAGAACUGAACGACCUUCAGUAAACCUAGAAAUAUCAGUAGGAACGGCCUAAACUGUUUGUAGAAUGGCUGAUUCAGGCACACAAUCCAAAGCCAAACAUCCAGUUGAAUGUUUGAGGGUUUUCAUUCGUGUUUGGAACAGGGGGAGUGCGUCCGUUCUUCAGAAGCACAACAGCCAUCUGCUCUUGCUUCAGUCCAGGUCCAGUGAGAUGUCCAGACGUGGGAGCGCCCUCUGUAGCCGUUCAACUGUCAUUUCUUUAUCUUUGAUUCCAGGGAGAUCACUGAGAAACAGAUACUCCAAGUUCCUGGAGGGAAGUAGUAAUUAAUUCAUUGGUUCUCUGUGUAACUGCUUUCACAGAUUUAAUAAAGAAAACUAUUU